AUGGCUGGGAACGAGAGUGUUAUCAUCGGCGAAGAUGAGACUCCCAAGCCGGCUCCUAACAUCGCGGAACUGGGGGUUCGGACCUGCCCGCUUAGCUCCCCUCCUCCCACAAGUCUUGCGGAGAUCACCAAGGAGAUGUCAACCUAAGCUCUUAUACAACAGUUAUUCCACUAUGUUAGAUGACGAUGAUGAUGGCGACUAUUAUUGUGCCCUCCCAAUGCAUACUGGGAAUAAAAGAGCCAAUUGAGCCUGAAUUUCAGGGGCAACAGUUUCGGUAAAAAAUCUGUUAAACCUGGGGAAGCGAGACGGACCUGUGGAGUGCCAGAAGGAGAAACAAAGGCAACGGGGAAAAAAACAUCAACCCCCUCAAGCCGGUAUCGGCGCACCUGAGGGCCGGCAAAGCCAGGAGGGGGGAGUCGAUUCCGGUGGGCUGCAACCAAAGGCAGCUCAGGAUGUUGAACCCACAACAGCUGGGGACGGGACUGAUAUCAGCGACAAGGAUGAGACCCCCAAGCCAGCUACCUCCAUGGCACAGCCCAAAGUUCGGGCCCCUCCCCUGCUCCCUCCUAUCCCUGGACUCGUCCGCCGGUCACCCAGAAAACACCAGCCCCUAGUAAUGUUCGAAAAAGACUCCCCUUGAACUGCUAAUAACGGUGAUGGGGACAAUGAUGGUGGAGAUGAUAGCUUUGCUGCCCUUGCCUACUAGAGAGCUGAACUGGGCAUGCCCUCCCAGGGUGCCAGUAAAAAAAAGGCACCCAGUUGGCGGUUGGUGCAGGGCGGAACCCGCUAUACAAUCCUCCACCCCUUAUAUCCAAGACAGGGCCUACGGCAAAAACGGCGGGAGAGAAAGCAGCCACACGCUGGGCGUCUAGGAAAAAAGCCGGGGCCACUCGCGCCAUCAAUCACAAAGCGUUUGUUGACAAAAUUACAGCAGAGCUAGUGGCUGAGGAGAAACGUGCCGCCGAUGCUGGUGGGUACCGGGCACCUGCCAUCACCCAAACCCACAUCAAACGCCGGAUAAAGAGGGAGACGGAACGGGUGAAGCCAGAAGACGCCCAGGAGAAGCUAGAGAUGGCAGCCGCUAUGAGGGAACAAGUAGCUGAGAAUAAGAAGUUUGGGGCAGAGAAGCAACAGGCAGCAGCGGCUGAAAAGAUGGCUGCAAUUGGGGUGAAAGUGCGGGUGGUGGAAGCAAGGGCAGGAUCCCAAUGUACCGGCGCAGAACCCAGGUGAAAAGAUACCCAAGUCAAGACUAAGAGUGAAAAGGCCACUGCUCAAGACCGAAUAGAAAAAUUAAGCGCUGAACUUGAAGCAGCCGAAAUGGCAGUAGCUACCGGAGGUCAAGUGGACCUUAGUGCUAGUGAGGCACAGUAUUUGGGCGAAAGCCUGGACGGAGAGAUAACGCACAAUUGGAUGCCCGUUCUGCCGCCCACGAGUCAGGAGACGAUAUAGCUGCCGAGCUAGAGUUGGAAAUGUCGUGUCAAGAAGCUGGAGACGAUGCAAAGAAGGAGGCAACGAAACGCGAAGGAGAAGCUUCCGAGCACAACAGACCCGCUGCCAAGAAAGCAGAAGAGAAAGCUAACAUCCUUGCCCGAGCCACCCGAUACCGCAAGCCCGAGAGCACAAAAGACCCUCCGCCAAGGAAGCAGAAGAGAAAGCUGACAUCCUUGCCGGAGCCACCCGAUACCGCAAGCCCGAGCGUGAAAUCGCGGCCAGAGCCAGCGCGGCCGCAAAGGAAACUCGCAAGGAGGCGGCAAAGCGGAGGAGGCAUGACAUAG